CACUCAGGGGAGCCGUUGAAGACGGUGUCCCUGCCGGAAGGAUUGACUGGUAACACAAAUAGGAAGCGGCUAGACAAAACAGGGCUAUUGCAAGUCAGCCAUUGCUGUGUGUCGUGGCUGUAUGAGUAAUACGUUUAUGCAUUGAAGGAAGACGUUUACUACAGCCAUUCGACUUUAACUGGAGGAAUUUUCCGCGUACCGAGGGUGACAGUCGUCUGUGAAUCUACACAUAGAUUCGAGGAUUAACACAAUCUGGAUAUGUCCUUCAUAUUUGAUUGGAUUUAUAGUGGUUUUAGUAAUGUACUGCAGUUUCUUGGACUGUACAAAAAAUCAGGUAAAUUAGUAUUUCUUGGUCUGGACAAUGCUGGCAAGACCACACUACUGCAUAUGCUGAAAGAUGAUCGACUUGGGCAACAUGUGCCAACUUUACAUCCAACUUCAGAAGAGCUGACGAUUGCUGGUAUGAGCUUUACCACCUUUGACCUUGGUGGCCAUGCACAGGCUCGAAGAGUGUGGAAAAACUACCUCCCUGCAAUCAAUGGCAUUGUCUUUCUUGUUGAUUGUGUAGACCACCUGAGACUGGCAGAAUCCAAAACAGAACUUGAUGCACUAAUGACAGAUGAAACUAUUGGAAAUGUGCCUAUCUUGAUUCUUGGUAACAAGAUUGAUAAGCCAGAGGCCAUAAGUGAGGAGAAACUACGUGAACUGUUUGGAUUGUAUGGCCAAACUACUGGCAAGGGUAAUAUUCCCCUGAAAGAACUGAAUACUAGACCACUGGAAGUGUUCAUGUGCAGCGUGCUAAAGAGACAGGGAUAUGGGGAGGGCUUCCGCUGGCUUUCACAAUACAUUGACUAGAUGUUCUACUACAAGGAGGUGCAUCAGGAACUGUUUAAGCAAAUUCACACUCAUUUUCAGUUCUUGUUCAGCUUGCUAUCACUCUCCAAAUGAAAGAGUUGUAGUCACUCAGUACAACUCGAUUUAAAUAUACUUUUAUCCAGUAAGACACACAAUUCACCCAUAAUCCCCCCCCCCCAAGCUUUUCUGAGAGAAUGGCAUUUCAGUGUCUGUUUUCAAGCCAAAUAGAUGAUGCUUUUUUUUCCAUUUAUUUCUGUUUUUCUUUUGACUUUUUUAUGGAUGUGUGAAAUUUAUAUGAUGUGAUAUAAAAGCAAAUAAUUCUAGUGGUAUUGGCAGCCCCAGUUUAUGUUUAAUUAUGUUUGAAACCCUUGAAACGUGUUUGCAGCACUUGGCAAGUUUAUAGUUUUUAAUAAGAUACAUGGUUGGGAUUUGGUAGAAUUACUUUGAAGAUUGUAUAAUUACAAUUGCUUUGAAUGGUGUGGCUGUUUUAUUUAACAAAACAACAAAAAUAAAGAAAAAAAUUAAACGAUCUUACAUACAGUUCCACUCAGUUUAAGAGCCCUUUUUUAACAUGGAAGCAAGGGUUAUGUCCAUUAUUUCCAUGGCAGAUGUCUGCAGGAUGUCUAGGUCAGAUGGAAAGUUAAAUGUCAAGAAUAUUCUGCUGUACAGUCCCUUCUGAAAGUAUUGGAAAGGCAAGGGCAAUUCUUUUUUCACUAUACACUGACAGCAUUUGGGUUUGAGAUCAAAAGAUGACUUACACUAUAGAUCAGAAUUUGUUUUAAUUUGAUAUUUACAGCUAGAUUUGUAAAACACUUCUUUAGAAUAUCGGAGCUUUGUGUAGCAGACCAUCCAAUUUUUAGGUGAGCAAAAGAUUUGGAACAGAUAAUCUUAAAGUAAUACACUUUAUUUUGUUGCAUAUCCCUUGCUUGCAAUAAUUGCAUCAAGCCGGCAACUCCCUGAUGUCGACAAGUUGUUGCCAUCUUGGUUUUUGGUGCUUUUCCAGGUUUGUUUUAGUAGCAUUACCACACGCGUGCACACAGCAUUGGAUAUACAAUCGACAUUGUGAAUUGCAAUGGAGAGAAAAUGGGAGUGUUUUUGACUGGCGUCUCGAUGUGGCAAUCAAGCAGUGUAUUUAUAACAUUUAAUAUCAAAAGAGAGUACAUUUAUUUAGCUUUCCAUUGGAAUAUUUUUGUGUACAUUUAAUUAAAUGGUACAGGUGUUAUGAUGAAUUGCAUUUCAAAAAUUUCAGGGCUACAGAGUGUGAAUGGGCCAUUAUCUGCACGGUUCAGUAUUUGGACCUUGACUUUCCGAGCGUUACAUAAGACCUAGUAUGAUUUGGCUGCUUUUUCAGCAUUACAGCCAAUCAGAGGAAAUCCUGAGCUUCAGUCCAAUACCUUAUUUAUUGUUGGCAAUUAAAGUGAUGUAAUUCUACAGUAAGUUAUUUUUCCUCUUCAGCAUUAUUGUAAUAUUUGUUAUUGCACAACUGCACAAAUUUUCAUAAGAAUAAUAAAAUAUAACUUUUCCUGCUUCUCAUGAUAUAUUACACAUGAGAAGCCAUAAAAUUUAACAUCUAUGGAAACGCAUUUUAAAAUUGUCGGUAGCUGUGCAUGAUAUUGUAAACAAACAAAUGAGCGAUAAAUGGUGCAAAUAAGGCCCUACUACACAUUGCUCAUUCAUGCAAUCAUAAUGCAACAUAUUAAGCAAGUCGUAAAUUCAAGCUGGUAUUUCUCCACCCUGCAAAUACACAAGGCACAUUCCAAGUAUCUUCAUCUGUAGAUGUUGCCACAGUAGACCAGUGUUUAUAUUCACCGUGCCUAAAAGUCCACCUGUCAGGUGGCUGCUUAUACAAACUGGAAAAUGUUGAAACGAUUGAUGAUGAAUAUCAGAUUUUGAUAUUCUUGAUUAGCAGUGGAAGUAAAAGUGGCUUUGCAAUUUGUAUUAUGUUGGUACAUGUAGCACAGUGAUUAAUGCCUUAAAAUAUUAAAAUGUAUUAUAUUAAUAUUGACACUACUUUUACAUAAUUUAUUUUAUCUUCAUGUUUAACUUGUUGCAAUAUAAUGUUCAAAGCAAGGUCUAUACAGUAACAUAUUAAUACCUUUAUUACAAUAUCAGUAACCUUAAUCAGAGGAUAGACAGAUCUUUCAAUGAAAUUUCUUGACUUAUUGCUAUAAUAUAAUUAUUGCUACUUUUAAUAUACUUGAACAUUUUUCAAGAAAAAUGUGUAGUUUUUGCUUCAGCAAUAUUGAAGUACCUUUCAAAUUAUGAAGCAUGAAAUAAAUAUCCAGUAUGACGAAUAAUGAAAUUCGAGACAAUAAAUAUUAUAUUAUGCAAAUAAGUACAAUAAAUACUGGGCGGAAAAAAAUAAAAAAUUGCAUUUAAUUAUAUUAAAAUGUUUACAUUUUAAAAUGUGUUAUGCUAGAUUUUUUGGGGCGAAAACAUUGUCCCACGUUUCGUAAAUUUAUAGGUGAAUUACGAAAUGACAUGCAUUUUGAAUAUAUGCAAAUUAGAACAACUGGAUAUGCAAUCAAAGAUAGAAAAGACGGGAUCAAAAAUGGAUUCUUUGAAUUUUUAAAGGGAAAAGUAACAACCUUGCUUUAACAUAAUGGUUAUAUUUGACAAGCAUAGAUGUAUAUGUAAACGAGUUUACAAUAUGCUAAUUUCAUGCAUACAUAUGCAAAUUAUGUUUUUGAAAAUGUCAAAAAUGGAUUCUGCAUAAAAUUUUUCUGGUGGAUGGCAAAUUUCAUGGAAAUAUCUCCACUUUUUCAAGUUAUUGCAGAAUAAGUAUCAGUGUGUUAAAAAAAAAGGGGCGGGGGUUUCCAUCAUUUGGUAUUGUUUCUUUAUAUAAUUCCAUACAACCCAGAUCCAAGAAAUAAUCUUGCUUCUGCAUCUUCCAGUCUCCAUAUCUCUGGAAGUAUUUGCUCAAUUUUGAUGAAAUAAAAGGCAUUUAAAUCAGCUGAAAAUACUCUUUGAAAUGCAUUACAUUUGCAAUUCAAACAACCCAAAUUGAAAUGCAUGCUCAGUUGGGUUCAGGUCUAGUGAUUGACUUGGCUAGUCUUAAACCUUCCACUUUUUCCACCUGAUGAAGUCUAUAUCUGGUCAUUUAGCACAAAAGUCUUUUCACACAAGUCUUUUUGUAUGAAUCAAGUAAUUUAGCACAAAUCUAAAGUCCUUUCGCACAGUUGUUGUAAACAACCCUGAAGAUGCUGGUGUCAAGCAUUUGGAUGUAAAAUUAAGCCCGAUCAUUGAAACGAUGAACAUGUAAACAGUGAGCAGACACCCCCCCCCCCCCCCAAUAAAUAAAUAAAUAAAAAUUCCUUGAAUUUUUAUGUGACAUGCUCAUUUGUUUAUAUUCACUGAGAAGAUAUAUUUUUAGAUGGCAAGAAACGUGUUGCUAUGGCAACAGCGUUGUUUACAAGUAUGUGUCUGUACUUCAUAUGCAUUGUCUAGCCGAGUGAGAUUUAAACUUCAUAAAAGUAAAAUCUGUUGAUUCACAAAUUUUGUUGCCAGUAAAGAUCACAUGCUUGGAUAAGGUUUUUGAAGAGAUUUUUAGAAUUGGAAACCUUUGUCGCAUAUACAUUACAAACCUGGAAGUCGACUGUAGCUGAACUGGUGUGCAGGGAUUGGUGACAAACAUACAGGCUACAUCAAACAUGGCGGAGUGGUGAAAUACAGUCACAUUCAAUUAGAAUCUCUGCAUCUUCCAUAAAAAAAAAAAAAAAUCAAACCUCUGUAAACAGGAUCAAUGGGUAUUUAUUAUAAAGAUUCAAUGUUCUUAGAAUUUGUGCGAAAGGACUUUUGUGCUAAAUGACUGUAAACAAUGAAGUCCAUUGAAGUGUUGUGGGUCAUUGUCUUGCUGCAUGCUGAAGUUCUUCUCAAUUAGAUUGGAUGCAUUUCUCUGUAAAUUGGCAGACAGAAUGUCUAUAGACUUCUGAAUUCAUUCUGCUGCUACCAUCAUGAGUUAGAUCAUCAAUAAAGAUGACUGAGCCCAUUCCUGAAGCAGCCGUGUAUGCCCAAGCAUCUUGCUGAACUGAUGAGCUUGUGUUUUUGGAUCAUGAGCGGAUCUUUUUAUUUCUCCAUACUUUUGGCCAUUGCAUCACUUUGCUGAGAGGUUAAUCUCAAUUUUUCAGAACUUUUGUGGCAUAUGUGUAUUUUAUGUCAGUCCAAUGUGGCCCUCUGAUUCUUAUUGUUGAAUGCACUAUAUUUCUGCUCUAGAAGAUCCCCCCCCCCAAAAAAAAAAAAAGUGGUUUGUGAGACCUUCACCCCUGCCUUGUGGAGGUUGUUGGUGAGGUCAUUGCCUGUUGUCUUUGGGGUUUUCUUCACGGCUCUGACAAUGUUUAUCAAUUGCUGUUUUCCUUGGCCAAACUGUUUGUGUGGUUACUUUGUUCAGGAUAGUCAAAAUGUUUGUAUUGGCUGUGCCCAGUGAUGGUGCAGAUUGAGUUUUCUCUGCUUCAAAAUGGCUUGCUUUUCUCCCAUAGACAGUUCUCUGAGCAUCAUAUAUCCUUUUUAACAACAAAUGCAGUAUUCACAGGUGAAAUUCAGGGUUCAAACAAAGAGUGUACAUUUUGAGCUGCUGUUUGUUUAAACAAUCAAUCUAAUAGGACACACCUGGGCAGCAAGAAAUACCUGUUAUGUUCCAGUAUUUUUGAUCACUUUAAAAAAUGGGGGCAUUCAAACAAAAGAUCCCACGUUCUAAGUUGUUUAACACAUCUAGAUGUUAAUAUCAGAAAAUGAUCUAUAUUCUUUUUAUUCAUUUUUUGAACUAAGUGUCUUCAGUGUAUAGCAAUAACAAAAGAAUUGGUUGAUGCAAUAUUUUCAGAGGGGACUGUAAAUCUGCUUUCCAUCAUCUAUAAAGUAUAUAACUUAAAGGAGAUGUGCAGAACCAUGGCCUCACUUUUUGUUUAUAAAUGCCUUGAGACCUCAAGAAUGGCAUAGGAAUAGUUUUAAGUGUUAACAAUAAAUCUAAUAUAGUAAUUUUUACAAUUAAAAUGAUUCAUAUAGGUAGCGGUCUGAGUAAAUGACCUUGACAUCUGUGACAUCACCAUUUUCGCUAUACUAAAACACAGAGCUAACUGCAACUUCAAGCUUCCAUUUUGAGCUAAUUUAUCACCAUGCCACAUAGAUGUGUUGCUGGCGGGUGCAGCAACACGACAGAAGGUGGAUAUUUGUUGCAUUCAUGGCCCAAAAAUGUUCAAACUGCAAAGAUUUGGAUGCAUUUUGUUUACGGGCACAUUGGGCGCCUAUGAAGUGGUCUCUCCUCUGCUCUGCACCUUUUACUGAUGACUUGUAUGAGACCUCUGAUCUGUUGAGGAGCGUUGGCUAUCAGCCCGUAUUGAAAGAGGGUGCAGUACCAACAAUUAAAGGAAAAGAAAACUACAAGAAAAGGAAAGUAAGUUCAGUUGCACCAGUUCUCCCAGAGUGUGAGCCGAGGGUUGUUGCUAAAACCCGGGAUGGAAUGUGACAUAUUAUCGCUCGGGCAGUGACCUCCCCACGGGUGUUACUAAAACUGGUGACAUCCUGUCCCGGGUUUUAGUAAUUGCCUGAGCCGAGCAGUAAUAGCGGAGUACUCAGUAUGGAGAAAAUGGAGAAUGAGUGGACAAGCAGUCUGAUUUCUCCACUGGAUAUGCUUGCCUCAACAGCAAUAUCUCGUCCUUAUGUGGAAGAAGCGAAUGAAUGGAGAACUGAACAAACAACUGAAAGUCAGAUUGUUUCAAAACAAUUGGCCACAAGGUCAGCCUUCAAGAUGCGAGAACACAGACGGGUAGGAUGCGACUUUCAUUUGGAUACAAAACAACAAAAACAACACUGGUUGUUUAUCUGCAUUUAGAUUAAUACAUGUAACUCAUAUUGUGUAUUUAAGUUACCGGUAUAAGAUUAUUUAAUUUGCUUCAUAAUAGUGAUUGCCUCAGUUCAUCUGAUUAUUUAAUUAGCCUUUUACAUUUUAUCAGUGAAAAUGCAUGCAUGUACAUGUAUGUUGCAUAAGUUAUAACACCUAUCCUGUUUUAAUGAGAGUCAACCCACAAUCAGAGAAGUCAAAUCAGUCUUAGUUCAGCAAGUUGGUAACGGUAUUUCUUACUUUCACCAUAAACUUUUAUUUAUAUGACUUUGGUCGAUAGCUGUCAAAGGCCUCGGCCUUAAAACCGGUUCCUGCUGUGACGUCACGCACUCAGGGCUGGCUGGCUCAGCGGGGCAGCUCGAAUGCCAACUUUGUGGUCGAUUUUAACUCUCAAAAAUAUAUAUUUUAUUAUUCCCAUUUAUGCAACAUACAAGAGUCAAGGAUGGAGAUACUAUCCACUCAGAAAUGUAUUUAAAAAUAAAGGUUCUGCGUAUCUCCUUUAAUGAGCAUUAUGUAAUGUGUUUGAAAAGAAUAUGGAUUUUCAUGGGUGGUUUCCUGAGGAGUUCUUUAUUUUAUCAACAUGUAAUUCAGAAGCAAAUAUACCAAGUAUUAUCAAGCACAUGAAUAUCUUAAUAAAAAUACAAAAAGGGCUACCUAAAUAACAAACAAUUUAGAGGAGCCUUUUUAAUUAAUUUUUAAGGAGGUACAAUGACAUUUUUUUUCUGUUCUUUGUGUACUGCCCAUCAUUCCAUGAACUGUUGCAUGUAAUGGAGAAACUCUGCAUUUAAAAAGAAUGAAUGAAUUAAUUAAUUAAUAAAUAUGAAAUGUUAAA